CCGGAGAGAGAUUCUGAUUGCUGGAGUAGGAAAGAUUUAUUUUCGUUUCUUUGAAAAUUUUGACAUUUCUCUUUCGUUCCGACCGGGGACGCAGAUUCAGAAGCGAGACCUGCGAGGUCAAGCUGUGGGGUUUUGAUUUCUCAAGCGGCGCUGCUUGCUUGCUGUCGUUUCCUUCUCCCGAUGGGCGAUGACCAAUCGCCGACCUUAAUGGCUAACAGAGACAGAGAUCGGGAGCUUCUCAUCCCGGUGGCCGGUUCCGGCGACGACGGUGCCGGUUCCAAGCCUUCUCCCUCCUCCUCCACUCAUCAUGCUGGCCGCGAGACGUUCUACAAAGUUGUUCGGAGCUGGGCGUCUAAAAAGUUCAUGACUGGAUGUGUCAUUCUCUUUCCAAUUGCAAUAACCUUCUAUAUAACAUGGUGGUUUGUUCAUUUCGUGGAUGGAUUUUUUUCUCCUAUCUAUGCUCAACUUGGAAUCGAUAUUUUUGGUCUUGGAUUCAUAACUUCCAUAACUUUCAUCUUCUUGGUCGGGAUUUUCAUGUCAUCAUGGUUGGGUGCAUCUGUCCUGGGCCUUGGGGAGUGGUUUAUCAAGCGAAUGCCACUUGUACGACAUAUUUAUAAUGCCUCCAAACAAAUUAGUGCUGCUAUUUCACCAGACCAAAAUACACAAGCCUUCAAAGAAGUAGCAAUCAUUCGGCAUCCUCGAGUUGGUGAAUAUGCAUUUGGAUUCAUCACCUCAUCUGUUGUCCUUCAGAGCUAUUCAGGAGAUGAGGAGCUAUGCUGUGUCUAUGUUCCCACGAACCAUCUUUAUAUUGGUGAUAUAUUUCUUGUCAACACCCGUGAUGUCAUUAGACCAAACUUAUCCGUCCGUGAAGGAAUUGAAAUUGUUGUUUCUGGAGGGAUGUCAAUGCCACAGAUUCUGUCGACGAUCGAUUCUCGCGUGGUAAUUACUACAAAUGAUAGAAGUAGACCUGACAGAAGCUGAUGCUAGACUUGGUUGUGGUUCUUCUGCUACGUUCGUUCGUUCCAUAUGGAGCCAUCAGAUUGGCCAUAAUGCACUCCAGCAUGCAUUUGGAAUGCAAAUUUGAAUUUGGUGGUUUAUGAGAAAGUGUUUCAGAUUCUGAUGGCACUUGUAACAUUCUUUCCUAUGUAAUAUAAUGUAGAAUUUAUUAGGCGUUUGCUUUGGAAGUCUUGUUUCAGAAUGGCGCCCUUUGCCUUGCCUACUCCUAUCGAAGAAAUUGCGUUAGCUUGUUUUAUCAUUUUUGGUUUUUUUUUAAGUUGAGACAAAUCUUUUUUUAUCUUAAAAAUGUAGUUAAUGAGUUGCGUUAAUAUGAGACUCGGCACGGUGUAGAGAAAUUGGGUUUGACGAAAA